AGACACGCAUUGGUAACGACGAAGACGAAACACUCAAAUUUGCAAGCUCACGAACAAACGACCGCGGUGUGUUAUGGAAGAGCAAUGGCGACAAACACGGGUGUAUUGAGGAGUGAAAUAGGAGGUGGACCACAUGGGCUAGGUGAUCCAGAUGACAGGACAUUGAGGAAAGUGGAACUUGAGGUGUUGAUACCAGAGAAAAUUAGACAGAAAUCAAGGACUGAAAAAUGUACGGAAGUAGUGAAAGCGUUCACGGAGUGCGGCAAAGCUGCCGGGUUGCUGGUGGUGGUGAAGUGUCGCCGGGAGAACGACGCGAUGAAAGCCUGCCUCAGCAGGUGGUACCACGACGAAGACUUGAAAAUACAGUGCACAGAAGAGUACUUGAACGAGCGCAAUGAGUUUCGCAGGACCGGCGUGAGCAGGAAAAAAAUACAACAGGCGCACUGAAAAAAUUUGUAGAAUCUAAUAAUUUAUGUAUGUAGCUUGCUAUAAAUGUUGAAUGUUAUUAAAACUAAGAUUUCAUUUGGGAUAGUUAAAAGUUAUUUUGUUGUACAUUAUUAAAUUAACAGUGUGUAUAUUCCAUGUACAGUUGAACAUAAAUGCAUUUCAUUAGUCCA